AUGGGUAGAAUUAUGAUAUGGACCCAGCUCACGUCUCGAAAGAGUGAGAUAGAUGCUGACAGUGAGGCGGACCUUACCAAGAGGUCAAAGCCGCAUAGUGUCCUGUUUGAGGGAUAUAGAGGAAUAUUGAACGAUAUUGUCGCCGAUGCCACUCCGGCGAGUAAACGGUCGAGGAGGAGGGCUGCAAACCCUGGUCGCAGCCAAUACCGGAAACUUUUCAGGAAAAUAGCAAGGCAUGCUCUCACUAUGGCGAGAGACGAUGCGGACACUGUCAAGGAUGUAUUAACGACCGUAGGAAAGUAG